GUGUGCUCGCCUGAAUCCGGGUGAAUCUUUUUCGGCAUUUCAGUGAGAGUAAUCGCUUUACAUUCCUUGAUGCAAUCUGUCAUUUUAAAAAGAUUCGGUAUCCAGCAGCUCUUACGGAACAACUUACAUCUAAGACAUGUAAAUUGCGCGCGUUGUUUUGCCUCAAAUAGCUCAAAGCAACCCAAAGAGGACGAAACUCUCAAUGGUUUAUCAGAUGUUAAAAGGACACAUUUUAAGCUUAGAAAGAAAACAAAGAAACAUGGCCCAGAUACUGAUUUUAUGCAGUUGUGGAGUACUUCAGAAGGCUACAUUCAAACUAUGUACAAGGAAGCAAAGACAGGAACGAAAAAACCCAUGCGAAAUACAUUUUGGACUCAAAAUGUAAGCACACUACCCCUAGCCAGUGAACUGACGGAGGAAGAAAGAGAGGAACUUCUUGAAGAUGACUGGUCAGUGGAUUUCAGAAUCCCCGAAGCGGGGGAUUUUGCAAGUUUAACCCCAGUGUACAAGUCAUUGACAGAAGAGGAAGGUGAAGAAAUUCUGGAAAGAAAAGGUAAUGAACUUGAGAGGGAAGAAGACAAGUAUGCAAAGAAAGAAUCUGAUGCUGUUGACACUUCAAAAAUCGUAUCCUUUCAAGACUUUGAUCUUCAUCCAAAACUUGUUGAGAAACUAAAUAGAGAUGGUAUUACCAUGCCAACAGCCAUCCAGAAACAAGCAAUUCCACUGAUCUUUAAAAGAAAGAGUCUCCUAAUUCAGUCAGAGACAGGAUCUGGUAAAACACUGGUGUUUUUGUUGCCUGCUCUUCAAUUUCCUGGAAAGGCAUUUGGUACAGUGAUUAUUGUACCCACUAGAGAAUUGGCCAGUCAAUUGCUGUUUGAGACACGUCGUCUUCUUGGAGACAAAACUAUUGUGGAGUCUUUUGUGAGUGGUAUUGAUCUGAGUAAACAGGAAGCAAGAUUGAAAGACAACAAAAGAAAACCUUUGAUAGUCAUUGGGACUGCAAAGAAGAUCCUUGAAAUCGUCGACAAGGAUCCCUCUCUUGUACAGCACACAAAAACUAUCGUGAUUGAUGAAGUAGACAAAGUUCUUUUGCCGCUUCAUAGAAAGACUCCAUUUAAGAAGCUAACCCACCGAGAGAACCAUCCCAGACCAGCAAAAUUGUUAGUGGAGAAGAUCCUUAAGACCUCUAAAGUAAGCGGACUUUUUUUAUUUCAACACUGUUCUGCACAUCCAGGUACUAUUAAUUAUUAAAAGCUUAAUGUACCA